CUCCCCAGCUCCCCCUCCUCCUCUUUCUCCUUCUUGCGUUCUUCUCUUUCCCUGCCAUUCGAGGAUGAGCGCCCAGGCUCGCCUGCCGAAUACGGGAUCCGGGUACCCCGGGGCCUUGACCACAGCCGCGAGCAGCAUUCUCUCAUCGCAGGCACGCCAGCUGCUUGUGGUGGUCUUCGACUUGAAUGCCUCGGCCUGGUCGAACUUCCUCGGCGAGGCGAACGUGGCCACCGCCUUCCCCCGGAUCUUGGACCAGUUCGCGGUCUUCUUCAACAUCCAUCUGUCCCUUCGUCGGUCCAGCGAGCUGGCCCUGAUCGUGUGUCAUCGCGGCGGAGCUCGGUUUGUUUAUCCGCCGCCGAAGUAUGGUGACGCUUCGCGCGCCGGACAUCCCCCGGGUGCCGGGGAAUCUCACGAUGAGAUUGAUGGCCGGUAUGAAAAACUCGCCACAGCCCAGAAGGAACUUGUUGCUCAGAUCAACGAGUUGGCCAGCGAAAUCAUGGCCUCCCAGGCGGCAGGCUCGGCGUCGGUCCAUCAGGCGGAUGACAUCGAGGUCACCAAGAUGGCAGCCGCCCUGUCAAGUGCACUCUGCUAUAUCAACCGCUUCAACAGGGAAAACUAUGAUCCGCUGCUGCCACAGCCCCGGUCGCGUAUCCUUAUCGUGACAGCCGCUGCCGGAGCUGCUUCCGCCACCCGGGCGCACUAUAUCCCGAUGAUGAACUGCCUGGCCAGUGCGCAAAAAGCCGGCGCCUGUGUGGACGUGUGCGUUCUCGGGGCGGCUCCCUCGAGCGCCAACCAGGCCGCCCAGACCUCCGAGGAUGGGGACACCUUCCUCCGGCAGCUGGCCGUCAUGACGCGCGGAAUAUAUUGGCGUGUGACCGAUUCCAGCUCCGUCCUUCAGCAUCUGAUGUGUCACUUUACCGCAGACGCCGAUGCCCGUCAGCACCUGCCGCCACCGUCGCACUCCCAGGCAGCUGUGGACUUCCGAGCCACCUGCUUCUGUCACCGUAAGCAGUUGGACAUUGGCUUCAUCUGCGCUGUCUGCCUGUCCGUCUAUUGCAAUGAUUCCCUCGAUAUGUGUAGUACUUGCAGCACGCCCUUCUCCGUGGCCGGGUCGCUUCGGCCGGCGCCUGCUUCCUGAUCGCGCGUGUGCCCCGUGCGCUUUCCCAUGUCAAACAAAAUAGACCACGCUGCUCUGGAGCAAGCGGCGGAAAAGAUGGCCAAAA